GAACUUGUCACAAGCUAACUGCGCUGAGGUUGGCUACACUGUAGUAACUACGUGGUCGCAAGAGUACGAAAAUGUAAACAUGCACAAACAUUUUUUGAUAUUUUUCCAUUAUUGGAGUUAUAAUAAACAAUUUACCCUCUAAUGAACUAUAUUUAAGAAAAAUAAUUCAAGUGAUAUAUCAAAAAAUAUCUAUUUAAGCGAAGUUUCGACAUCAAUUUAUUUUCUGUAACCGUAGUGAAUAUAGGUGGAAGCGUCGUCAAGCGCUGUAGAAAUUUCAAGUCCGUUUAAUGGCGGACGCCAAUAAUUUGGAAGUUUCGUGAUUCUAUUGUUCUGUUUUCAAGUAUUUCAAUCGUUUAUUGAUUCGGGAAUGAGUUUUGUUAUUAGUGAUCGCGCUCAAAGUGUUUCAAACGUGAAAGUGCUAUGAAAUGUUCUGUUUUAACGUGACAAAAGCGCCUACUAGCUAUGUAACCUUUUCCCUAACCUCGUUUACGCCAAUGGAGUAGAUAUGUGAUCGAUGUGUGUGCGUCGGUGAACGAUUUUUCGUCCGUUUCGCGUUAUUCUGUGCGAAGUUAUUCGGGUUAUUAGUGAUGGAAGUGUCCGCGUCGCGGUUUUGCAAUCCGACGCCCGAUUUCGACGUAACGUAAGCGAGCCGGUCGAUCGCUAGAGCCGAGUGUAAGCAGGCGGCCGUCCGCCACCAGCCGACAUGGCUGCAACGCAGGCCGAGUCUCAGCGUAGCGAUACGAACGUAGAUCAGACUCCAUCGGAACAGCUCAGUGAAUCUCGGAACGCUCUAUUACAAAACGGCACCGACAAGUCCGUCGGGCGCGUUCCGCCCGAUGGCGUCGUGAACACAAAGAGUAAAUCGCCGAUGUCAGGCGAGCCGGGGCCGCCACGAGACGGCGGCGACGCGCCCGGUCACGACCGGAUCGCAGACCGACCGCCGGGCGAUCUGUACGGUCAAUAUAGGUAUCCGGAUGGCACGGAUCCGUACUACGCGCAGCGGCCGGGAUUCGGCGGGAAACCGCGCGGUCCGCCGCCGCAGCAGCGCUUCUUCCCGGGGCAGCCGACAUCGCAGGCGCCGGGACCCACGCCGACGCUCAACUCGUUGCUACAGUCGAGUGGUGCGCCGCCACACCGCUACCCUAAUAGUUACGAGCAGCCGCCGGCGGGCUACGGGCCUGGGCCUGGUUGGCCUCCGCCGCGGCCCAUGCCUCCCUAUAACCCUCAAGCUAAUCCCUAUAGGAAUUCAACGCCACCGCGAGGCUUCGGCGGGCCUCCGUACGGCGCGGGCGCCCCGGGGGGCCCUCAGCAGCCCCCGGCUGGCUACGGGCCUCCAGGGUCCUAUCCUCAGCGGUAUCCACCGCCUCCCGGCCCACCGGGAGCACCCAACUCCAGGCCGCCGUUCUCCUCGCAUCCGGGUUACGAGAGAGGCGGUUCGCCUCAGCCUCCUUCGCAGCCGCCGGGCGCGCCGAGCCCCGGAGCGCCGCCGAGCGCGCCCGGCGGGAUGUCCCCGACGCAAGACUCGCAGCACCCGCCACACCACCCGCCCCACGGGGCGCAGCCACCUCCUCAGCACCAGGGUUACCCACCACCGCCGAGGCCACCUCAGCCGUCCACACCAAACGCACACGAUCCUGAUUCGGAUCUGACCGGUCAGAACAGCAAUGACUCGGGCGGCAGCGGAGGCGCGGGGCGCGCUUCGACGCCGCACCUGAGGCCGACGCCCAGCCCCACCGGCUCCAGCGGAUCCCGCUCCAUGUCACCGGCUGUCGGUACGCAGAACGUACCGAUGCCGCCGCGGCCGUCGUCUUCCCUGUCGGACGGCAGCGGGCCCACGUCGCGCCCCGGCGGCGCGGCGCCCGGGCCGGCGCCCAGCCCCGUGCCGCCGCCGGGCGCCAUGGUAGCGCAGCCCUACCACCACGGCUACAAGCCCUACCCGCCGCAGCCCUACGGCUACCCGCCGCGGAACCAUCACCCCUACCAGUACGGGUACCGGCCGCAGCCGCCGCACCCGCAGCACCCGCCGCCUCACCCGCCGCAACAUUACCCGCCGCUCAAACAGCAGCAGCCCCGGCACAUGGGCCCGCCGGGGCCGGGGCCGGGGCCGGGGGCGGGCUCGGGCUCGGGCCCGGGCAUGGAGGGCGCCAUGCCGCCGCCCACGGUGCCGGCGCCGGCGCCGGGCGGCGAGGCGCACGACAACGGGCCCGCGCCGCCCGCCACCGCGCUCGUCACCACCGGGCCCGACGGCGCGCCGCUCGACGAGGGCAGCCAGCAGAGCACGCUCAGCAACGCCUCCGCAGCGAGCGGCGAGGAGCCGGUGGGCGGCGGCAAGGCGCGCAAGGAGUUCGGGCUGGGCAGCGCGGCGCCGUCGCCGUCGCCGGGCGGCGGCUCGCACUCCUCCGCGCACGACGACUACGACGCCUCGCCCUCCUCCUGGCCGCGCCCGCCCUCUAGUCCCGUGUUUAACAGUCACAUACAGCCGGAGUCCUACAGAUCAAAGAAGUCGGACUCGCUGGGCAAGCUGUACGAGAUGGACGACGCGCCGGAGCGGCGCGGCUGGGUGGAGCGCCUGCUGGCCUUCAUGGAGGACCGCCGCACGCCCAUCGCCGCCUGCCCCACCAUCUCCAAGCAGCCGCUCGACCUCUACCGCCUCUACCUGCUGGUGCGCGACCGCGGCGGCUUCGUCGAGGUGACGAAGAACAAGACGUGGAAGGACAUCGCGGGUCUGCUGGGGAUCGGCGCGUCGUCGUCGGCCGCGUACACGCUGCGCAAGCACUACACGAAGAACCUGCUGGCGUACGAGUGCCACUUCGACCGCGGCGGCAUCGACCCGCAGCCCAUCAUCAACCAGGUCGAGGCCUCCACCAAGAAGAAGGGCGGCAAGUCCAACACCACUCCUACACAAGCAGGGUCGGGCAACUCGCAGGAGUCGUUCCCCGGCGCCGGCGCGGCCGCGGGCGCAGGCGCGGGCGGGCCGGCGGGCGGCAUGGACGGCUACCCCGCGCAGUACCCGCCCUACCCGCCGCAACCCAACACCAGCCAAGGCGGCGGGCCGGGCGGGCCGGCCGGCGACAACCUCGCCGCCUCCAACCCGUUCGACGAGCCGCCGGGGCCGCGCCGACCCCCAGGUUACCAACCUGGGUACGGAUAUGAAUACGGGUCACCUUACCAGUCCACGAGGCCGGUAUAUCCACCUUACGGCCCCGAAGGGGAUAGAGGAUACGGUGCCGGCAGCGAGUACCGCUACGGCGGGUACGCGUACCGCGGCGCGGCGCCGGGCGCGGCCACGCCGCCGCCGCAGCCCUACCCCGACUACUACCGCCAGCACCCGCACCCGCACCCGCCGCACCCGCACCCGCACCAGCAGCCGCCGCACCCCAGCCACCCGCAGCAUCCCGCGCAUGUCGCGCACCCGCCGCCCAACCAGCACGAGAUGUCGGUUGGCGGCGGCGGCGGCGGCGGGGGUAUAAUGAGCUCGCAGCUCGCGCGGCAGCUGGUGGCGCCGCUGCCGGCCGCGCCGCGCGCCUACCAUGUACGGAGACGGACCGUUUGUACCACGCACUCCACCACGCUUCCGACAUUGGCGACCGGUUCAUCCGCACACACCCACGUCCCACAAGAUCCCCCGCGACUGUGUUUACCCCUAUCACCUCUUUACGGGGCGGGCAAGCCCGGCAUGGGCCCGGGGGCGCCGGGGGGUGCGGGGGCCUCGGGGCCGGCGGGGCCGGCGGGGCCGGCGGGGCCGGCGGCGGGCGCGCCGCGGCGGCACCCCGACUUCGCCAAGGCGGACGGCUACGCGGCGCCGGGGGCCGGCGGGGCCGCGCCGCCCGCCCCGGCCGCGCCGCCGCGCUUCCCCGCCGCCUGGCCGCCCGGCCCCUUCCCGCGCCAGCAGCCGCCGCCCCAGCAGCCCGCCUGGCGCCCGCAGCAGCAGCCGCCGCAGCCCUGGCCGCCGCACCAGCCCUACCCGCACCAGGGUCAGGCAGGGGCGGCGUGGGGCGGCACGCCGCGGCCGCCGGCGGAGUCCUACCCGCCCGGCGUCGUGCCCUCGCCCGGACCCCCCAGCAUGAGCCUCCCGGGCGGGCAGCUGAAGCGCGAGAUGACGUUCCCCGCCGAGUGCGUGGAGGCGACCGCGCCCGCCGGCGAGAAGCGGCGCCGCCUCACCAAGGCCGACGUCGCGCCCGUCGACGCCUGGCGCGUCGUCAUGGCGCUCAAGUCCGGCCUGCUCGCCGAGACCUGCUGGGCGCUCGACAUCCUCAACAUCCUCCUCUUCGACGACAACUGCAUAGGCUACUUCGGCCUCCAGCACAUGCCCGGGCUGCUCGACCUGCUGCUGGAGCACUUCCACCGCGGGCUGGCGGAGGUGUUCGACGCGCCGCCGCCGCCCGACGCGCCGUGGUACGCGGCGCCCGGGGCCGCCUCGCCCGCCGCGCCGCCCGCGCCCGCCGGCGCGCCGCCCGACCCCGCCCACCGCGUGCGCGUGCUGGCCGGCGAGAACUACACGCUGGCGGCGCGGCGGCGGCGUGCGCACGUCGCCUACCGCGCCGAGCCCGACGCCGCCGCCGCCGACCUGUUCGCGCCCGAGCCGCCCGACGAGCCCGAGGACCGCCACGACGCGCUCGAGCCCUGGCAGCUGGCCGACCACGUCAUGCCCUGCUUCCGCGCCGAGUUCCUGCCGCUGCCCUUCGUGCGCGUGCUGCCCGGCGAGCGUGCGCCGUCGCCGCCGCCACCACCGCCCGAGCCGCGCGCCGCCUCGCCGCCGCCGCCCGAGCCGGCCGAGCCCGCGCCCCAGCCCGCCACGCCCGAGGAGGACCGAGACAACCUGGAGGCGGAGCCCAUGGAGCUGGAGGUGGAGCGGCGGGUGACGCUCGCCGUGCGCGACCCCGCCGGCGUGCUGAAGCGCCGCCGCCUGGAGGACUACGAGGACGAGUGCUACACGCGCGACGAGCCGAGCCUCAACCUAGUUAGCGAGAGCCGCGACGCGCUCGCGAAGCGCUGCAUAGCUCUGUCCAAUAUUCUGCGAGGGCUGACGUUCGUGCCGGGCAACGAGGCGGAGUUCUCGCGGUCGGGCGCGUUCCUGGCGUUGGCCGGCAAGCUGCUGCUGCUGCACCACGAGCACGCGCCGCGGGCCGCGCGGGCGCGCGCGUACGAGCGCGCCGCGCGGGACGAGGCCGACCAGGACGCGUGCUGCUCGUCGCUGCGCGGCGAGGGCGAGUGGUGGUGGGACGCGUUGGCGCAGUUGCGCGAGGACGCGCUCGUGGCGUGCGCCAACAUCGCCGGCUCCGUGGAGCUGCAGCACCAGCCGGAGGCGGUGGCGCGACCGCUGCUGGACGGGCUGCUGCACUGGGCCGUGUGCCCGGCGGCCGUGGCGGGCGACGCGCCGCCGGCCGCGGCGCCGGGCUCCCCGCUGUCGCCGCGGCGGCUGGCGCUGGAGGCGCUGUGCAAGCUGUGCGUGACGGACGCCAACGUGGACCUGGUGCUGGCGACGCCGCCGCGGGGCCGCAUCGCGGCGCUGUGCGCGGGGCUGGCGCGGGACCUGUGCCGGCCGGAGCGGCCGGUGGUGCGCGAGUUCGCGGUGAACCUGCUGCACUACCUGGCGGGGGCGGGCGGGCCGGCGGCGCGGGAGGUGGCGCUGCAGGCGCCGGCGGUGGCGCAGCUGGUGGCGUUCAUCGAGCGCGCGGAGCAGACGGCGCUGGGCGUGGCCAACCAGCACGGCGUGGCGGCGCUGCGCGACAACCCGGACGCGAUGGGCACGUCGCUGGACAUGCUGCGGCGCGCGGCCGCCACGCUGCUGCGGCUGGCGGAGCACGCGGAGAACCGCCCGCUGAUCCGGCGGCACGAGCGGCGGCUGUUGUCGCUGGUCAUGUCGCAGAUCCUGGACCAGAAGGUGGCGCACGAGCUGGCGGACGUGCUGUACCACUGCAGCCAGCCGCGGCCCGAGGACGCCCCCGACCACCACGAACAAUAGACGCUCUAGUGCGGUGUGUGGUGUGACUGUGACAUGAGACUGAGUUAUACCUGUCGGUACGUGUACAUAUAGUGAUACGGCGCAGGCCGACAAGAGGCCGUAGCGGUGUCUGACGUGUUAGGCUGUACAAUCCGAUUUUGUUAUUUAUGUCCACGAUGAUUUAUUUACAAGAAUGUCAAUGUGCUAUAAUCGAUUUCUAUUGUUCGAUUGAGAAAAGAUGUAUUAUAACUCGUAAUUUUGAUUUUUAUAAUAAAAUGGGACUUGAAUCUG